UCGCUCAUGAUUGUGAGACCACAAUCAUUAAGAGGCUUACUGUUGGGGGAAAAGAUCUGCAAAAUGGCUUACAACAACUUUGUAAUUACGACACCGCUGGUGCUCUGUUUCAUAGCGGCUAUUUCCUUGGUUGCUGCGUCGUCUGAUGAUGUCACCCUCGAUUUCAUUGACGUCGGCACGGUGACGGAAGAUGUAAGAAUUGACGGGGACGACGUCGCAGUCAAAGAGGAUGCUACACGUGACACGGUGGUCGAGGAGGAGGAGGAGGAGGAGAGGUCGGCCUUACAUCAGUUGGAUCCUGUCGAGGUUGGCUACGUACGAGAGGUAGAAGUUGCCCCAGGAAGAACCGUUCAGCUAAAGACUGUAGCCACUAAGCCGCCAGCAUUUGAAAUAUUUAAUCUGCUGACCCCUGAUGAGUGCGAUCAUUUGAUGAAUCUUGGUGAGGACCAGGGACUCCAUCGCAGUCUGACCAUCGCGUCCGUGUUCAAUGUGAAGUAUGGCCUCUACGCAGAGGAUGGGUUAACGCUGGUAUACAACGUAGCGGAAUGGAACCAGACAUUUAACACCUUCGAUCUUAACAAGGAUAGGACAAUAGAUUACAAGGAGUUGCACAGAUGCUUGCCUGUACUGAAGGAUCGCGACGUGGAGCUGAGCCUGGCUCAAGUUAUAAGGCUUUUGAUGGAUCUUGAUCUGGAUUCAGACUCUAAUGGCGUCCUCGACUUAAACGAGUUCUGGGCGAUGAUGACCCGGAGCUUGGAUGACCAGGUCGAUCAGUGGCUGGGGAGACUGCAAGCUGGCGAAAUUAUCACUGAUGAUAAAGUCAAAGGUCAACAUAGAAUAAGCGAGCAAGCUUGGCUUCCUUUUAUCACGUCAGAUGACCAGCUUUUGAGAGAGCUACCAUACAGAAUUUCAGCAUUAACAGGUCUCCAUUCAGACAUUGUGCGGUCCAGUGAAAGCAUGCAGGUUGCACGCUAUUACCCUGGUGGAUAUUACCACGCCCACUACGACUCCGUGGAAAUCGACCCUAGGACGAGCUGCAUCCAGAGCAUGAUGACCUUACAGAACGUCAGUCAUACCCAUCCUAAAGGGAGGAUAUGCAGGUACAUCACCAUCAUGACAUAUUUGAAUGACGUCGAGGAAGGGGGUGAGACAGCAUUUCCAUAUGCUGAUAAUGCAACAUACAGCGCUGAGGUUGCUAUUGAAAAUGAGCCAACCACGACAGAUCUGAAGAACCAUUGCCAUGAUGCCAAUAUGGUAAUACACCCUGCCAAGGGCAAGACUGUCAUGUGGUAUAAUCACCUAGUCGAUCCGGAAACAGGUUGGCUAGGGGCACAGGAUAAAUAUUCUCUACAUGGUGGAUGUAAAGUAAUGCGUGGAGUCAAGUGGAUAGCGAACAACUGGAUAGCUGUAGAUGACGUAUACAGUCAGCAAAUGGAGUUUCAUCAGAUUUUUUUCGCGAAGCACGCAGUAGAAAGCGAUAAAAUAAAAACAGACGCAUCCACUGUGGAUUCUUCGACCGGCACACAGUCAUUCAGUGAUGAUAUCAAUAUUGCUUCUUCAGAGACGUCAAACGCAGAUUCAGAAAAAGCCAAAGCACAACGGGAGGGCGCUGUUCAAGAUGGAGAGCCAUCAGACGGUCUUGUGGAUGGGUCACAUGAUACAGCUACAGGACCUGGCGGACGGAAGGGGGAACUCUGAUCCCCGUCCCCCAUCUAUUCGUUUUUGAGGGAUUUUUGAUUAUUUGUUUGUUUAUUUUACCUGAAGGCUAAGAAAUCAUAUGUAUGCUUGUAAGUAAGCAACUAGGGGAAAGGCGGCUUUCAGAAGAGAAUUGAUGUCUUACCGAAGGGCACUAUAGCGCAUCGUUAGGUUCUUCCGGUUUUUUUACACAUACCUCGGGGAAAAUUUAGGAGGUAGAG